AUGACUUCCCAAGUUUUAAUCUUCUCCCUACUAAUCACUUGUCAUCUUCUCACUUCCACUCUAGCAGAUGAAACUGGUUUUGUGGGUGCACUAAACCUGGAGGAUUUACAGAAGGACAAAAAGGUUAGUCAUUUCAAAUUCUAUUUUCAUGAACGGUACACAGGUAGCAAUGCUACCUCAGUUACCGUGGUUCCUCCAAUUCCGAAAUACAACGCUACCUCUUUCGGAUUGGUGGGGAUAAUGGACAACGCAUUAACUGUUGGUCCAGAGCAAAAUUCUAAGAUAGUUGGAAGAGUUGAGGGGUCGUACGCCGGUACGUCCCAAAGGGAGCUUAACUUGUUGGUGGUUUUCAACUUUGUGUUGACCGAAGGAAAGUACAAUGGCAGCACCAUUACUGUGUUGGGGAGGAACCGUCUCUCCCUUAAGGUGAGGGAGAUGCCUGUGAUCGGAGGAAGUGGGUGUUUUAAAUUUGCUACUGGAUUUGUGGAAACCAGCACUCUUUAUCUUGACGCCGAGAGGUCUACAAUUGUGUACGACAUUUAUGUUUCACAUUCCGAAAGACUGUGA